AUGAGUGAUGUUCUCGCUAUACUCGAUGGAGCUGCUGCGCGAGUCGCGGCCCUACUCAUGUCCGAAGGAAUCAAUGCACUACUUGCCUUUCUCCGUGGAGAGGCCUGGGAGGAGAGCCCUUCAACAGUUUUGAAUCGGGCCGACGGAGACGGUGACACUAAAAGUGAUUCUCUCCAGAUACCCAACACUCUACUUGGUUGCUACGGGUUCCUGCCACUUGCUAUAGCAGCAGAGGUUUCUCUCGCACCCUCUACAUCCCAUCAGGAGCGAGUCGCGCUCGUACAAGACUUUGAGAGACGGGGAUUUCGUGUCUUCACCGUAAACUUGAUGCCCGACUGUCGGGGCCUUGAAGACAGUUCUCGGGGGGCAAGUGCCUACAAUGCCAGUGCCAGCGUGCUACGACUUAAUUGUAUAGAGGCGGCGCGGAAUUGGUGCGAUGCCGUUUACGCGGAGGAUGGGAAAGAAGGAGAAGGGGAUACAGGUGUCGACUGCAGUAACAUUUACCUUUCGGGCGCGAAGCGCCGUAGAGACGAUGAUGAAAAAUCCGGAUUAGCGGAGCGAGUCGCACACACAGACUUCCAUAACCCAAGACGUCGCGCACAGGUACAACUGCAUGGACGGGGUUGCGGUCUAUGCGUUAAAUAUGCACUGUUUAUUGUUCGGUGCUGUGCAAAUGCGGGAAAUGCACAACGUGCUGCUGUAGGUGGCGGAAACUGUAGUUCUGCAACUGAAAGGUCGCGGCGUACAAAAGAUCCUCUGACACUGCUUCUGUAUGACAUUAGUUCGCUAUCUGCUCUAUGUCGCGUGAGGCAGUCAACUCGACGCACUCGUAUUCGCUUCUCUGUACUUCUGCUCCCGGACGAUCUCGCUUACGGCGGCGCACUGCUUGAGGAGUCGCUGAGAGGUCCUAUGAGUUGUCACUAUUGCGUGAAACUGUUCCAAGGAUCUGCUGAUCGAAUGUUGCACCGCCGGCAGGAUGUUGAUAGUGGUGGUGGUGAGGAAAAUGAAUGUGUACCAUUCCUUGAGCGUCUUAAAUUGUGGCUGAGCGCUCCAAUGGAAUCACGUGGUGUCGAGGCGGAUGGUAGUUGCGACGGCAACAGCGUGAACCAUGGAAAAAACGAGCAAGAAAACGCCGCGAAAUUGCAAGGGUCCAAACCGAGUUUAUUUUUUGUUCGGUACGAAAAUUUACCCUUCUGUUGCUUUCUGCGAGAGGCCCUUCGCCGUUUCCCAGUGAUACUGCCGCCGUUGUUGCUUCGGCAGUUGCAGUCGCUCUGGGCGUUUCGACACCAACUUUCGGAUGUCGUGGUGGGUCUCCAUUCACUGCUCUCUCCCUUCGCACUAUCCUCCUCGAUGCAUGCCACAAUGAGUGAGGCUAAUGAUGUCACAACUUCUCCAGCAAAUGUGGUGCAGGGGACAUCGAGAGGCUACCAUGAGAAUAUGACACAGCUUUCUAAUAGCAUCGAGCUUCUGAACAUCCUCUUCGCUGCCGCUUGUGAAUGGGCAGAUGGUCAUCUAUUGAAUGAGGCUGUUGCGUUCGCUGUACUGUACGAAGACCUUGUUUUCGGUAGGCUGACGCGGCUGAAACGUAUACCCGGUUUGACCGCGUAUGUGGAGCGCUUAUCGCCGAAGUCGGUGGGGCCUACCGAUUUGUCCAAGGCACUGACCAGCUGCGUUCCGGUGUUCGUGCCUAACGCAUUAACAGGCUCUGGGGCGUAUAUUCGCGACGAACUUUCUCAGGAACAACAGUACGUAAUGAGAAGGCCCCUUUCUUUACCACCAAUUAUGGCCGUACCCGGCGCAAAGGUGUCGCUGGCAACAGAGUUGCUCCGCUCCACCCUUUUGGCCGUGCUCCCACCGCACGACUCGUUGGAGGAAGUGCAGAAGGCUGUAAGAGCCUUUCCGUGUGCCGGCGGUAAAUGUGAUGAGGGUACUCCAAGUGAGGCUCUGCGGCAUGGAGACACGUACUGUGGUGUGACGUACAAUAACUUUUUCAGUCCCCUAAUUCCUGACUCGGUGCGAGUAUUGCACCUUCUCACCUCCCAUGCGAUGGCAAGCUCUAACGUUAAGCAGCAAUUUGUGCCACUUUCUCUAAUACAGCGAAUUUGUCAGCUUUCGGAUGAAUCGCUGAUACGAUCGUUAGUGGAACUGCAAUUGACGGGAAUGGCGACCGUUAACAUGCGAGAGUUUAAAGCGAGGUCCUCCUUGCUUGCGCUUAGCUGA